AUGUCAGUUUAUUCCAUUCACGCUAAACAACAUUCAAUAUUCAUCCCCGGUUUACUUCGUCAAUUCGAUUAUUCAACUAAUAAUGAAAAUAAAUAUCCGACGAAGUUGGAUGGUGAAGAAUCAGUUGAGUCAGAUGAACAGUUGGUGGAUAAUUAUUUUCGAACAGUAAAUAUUAAGAAUGCUCAACAACGGGAAAAUACGACGACAACAGUUACGACUUUAAAUGAAACAGUAAACAACAGUUUUAAUCAACAAAUUUUUACUACACCAAUUGUACAUUCUGUGGCAAAACAUUUAACGACCACCGCCACCAUUACCAACAGUACAACAAUAACAGAAAAUCAACACAAUCAAACAGAUUCAAAUUUAGAUAAAAAAACAGAUAAUAAACAUAUCGAGAAUGGAUUACAAACUACAACCACAAUUAGAUCAUCCAUUACCAAUGGUCAAUUGAAUAUUUCAACAGAAAGCAAUAAUAAUAUCUAUGUGGAACCAGCUCCUCGUUAUGAUGCAAUAAUUCAUAACACAACAAUAAGAAAAACACUAAACACAGGUUUUACUACACAUAUUACGAAUCAAGAUAAAGAGAAAAGUUUGGGAAACAUAACGAAACAUAAUUCCACUUUUCAGACUUCAAACACUACUGAUAGCAUAUUUGGUUCUAAAAAUAUGAGUGCCAUUGCUCGAAAUUUAUUCUACAAUAUAAGUGAUAAAAAGCCGAUGCAAUCAUUAAUUCAUUUACUACCACCAAAUUUAUGGUCACAAUUACAACAAAAUCUAACAUGGGAUAUGAAUCAAACAAAUAAUCGCCUAGCUCUACCAGAUCCCGUGCUAUUAGCUGAAGCAGCAGCUAAAGCCGGACUACCAGGACCUGGUCCUCAUCCUAUUUCUAAUCAUGGCUGGGCUAAUAUUCCUCAACAACAAAAUUUCUUUCAAAAUCAAAACGAUUUUAUGAAAUUGAACGGGCAGCAGUUUAAAACGAAUGUGUAUAAAAUAACGACAGCAUCGACACCUUCGACACUUAAACCAACAGUGGAGAAACAACAUCAAGUGAAAACAACUGACAUAUUCUAUAAAAAUAUAUCGAGCAACAAUAACAAUAAUAAUCAAUGGAAUCGACCGACAAUAAAGAUCGCAACGACACAGUCAUCGACAAAAACCACACCAGUAAGAGUAUCAAUACUAUCAACAAAACCUCUUUCUCGAUAUCCUUCCAUUCUCGAUAAAAAUUCGCAACAAUAUUUACCUCAACCACUAACAUCAUUUCUGGGAUAUAAUGACAUUGAUUACCCUUUUCUUAAACAAACGACUCGAUUUCCCAUUCAGCAACAACCAUCGUCUACACAAAUGAAUGUUCAAUCAGUAUUGGCACAAAUUGGUAUUUCAUGUCCAAUUGGAUCCAAAGGAGUGAAAUUUCCUGAUAAUCGUUUAUGUAACAUGUAUUUUACAUGUACACAAUCUGGUCUACCAGAGCCAUCAUUAUGUCCCGAAGGUUAUCUGUUUUCAGAAACGGCUCGUGAUUGUGAAACAGCUGAGAAAGUGUCAUGUGGAGGACGUCUAUCCGCUUAUUUUGAUAGUGAAACAAAAAUAGAAACUAAAAAUAAUAUCAUACCAAAUCUUGUCAAUGGCACAUUGGAAUGCACUUUGGGUGCUGAUGGAUAUUAUGAAGAUCCAUUUUAUUGUAAUAUAUAUCAUCAUUGUUUGGCUGGUGUCGAUUAUGUUGUUCAUUGUCCAAAUCAACUGGCAUGGAAUGAAAAGAAAAAAAUGUGUGAUUGGGCAACAAAUGUCAAUUGUACAGGAAAAACACUUCCGGUUGUACAAGGCAAAACGACAUUUUGUACAAAUCGACAAGAUGGACGAUAUGCAUCGGAUACAUAUUGUAAUGCGUUUCAUCAUUGUAUAGGUGGUACAGAUCAUAUUGUACGAUGUACAGGCGAACUACAAUGGGAUGAUAACAAGAAAGAAUGUGGAUGGGAGUCGAUUGUAAAAUGUGGUGCACCAAAAAAGAUGUUACCAAAUGAAAAUAAAUUCAAUUCAACCUCUUGUACAGGAAAAACGGAUGGAUCAUAUCCACACGAAGAAUUUUGUAAUGUCUAUCAUGUAUGCGAGUCCGGAUCAGAUAACAUGCGUCAAUGUCCACAUCAGUUAUUCUGGGAUAAUGAACAACAAAAAUGUGAAUGGUCAAAUAAUGUUAGAUGUACUGGUCGCACAUUGGUAGCUUUAUCAAUGGAAACAAGUUUAUUUUGUAUAGAAAAAUCGGAUGGUUUCUAUAUCGAUGCAGUCCAUUGUAAUAUUUAUCACCAAUGUAUGGCUGAUAUUGAUGUUAAAUUACGUUGCCCUGAACGAUUAGUAUUUAAUGAAACAUUAAAACGUUGUGAUUGGCCAGAAACAACACGUUGUAAAGGGGGAAAUAUUUUACUAAAUGGAGAAGAUACUGGAGGAUUUUGCACAGAUAAACCAAAUGGUGAAUAUCCACACGAUCAUUUUUGUAAUCGUUAUUUUAUUUGUCAAAAUGGUAAAGAUAUUGUAUUUACAUGUCAGAAUAAUUUGCGAUAUUCUGCUGAAAAAAAUGAAUGUGAUUGGGCUGUGAACGUUGAUUGUGGUACUAAACCAGAUUACAUGUGGGAAGGAAUUAAAGAAAAUUUUUGUAAACGCUUACCUGAUGGUAAUUAUCCGGAUGUUCGAUAUUGUAAUAUUUUUCAUCAAUGUCAAGCGGCUAUGGAUUAUCCAAAACGUUGUCCAAAUCGUUUGAUGUUUAAUGAACAAACGAAAGAAUGUGAUUGGGAAGAUAAAGUUGAUUGUAAUGGACGAGAGAAACUUAUCGAUACUGAAGGUCUCGAGGAUGAAGCUCGUCCCGGUGCGAAUGAUACGCGAGGACGUUCAACAAAAUUUUGUAUGUUAAAACAGAAUGGAAAUUUUGCUGAUUCAUAUUAUUGUAAUGUUUAUCAUAAUUGCCAUGCGGACAUAUUAUCAAAUCUGAGAUCAGAAUUUUGCAUUAACAAAGGUCCCGGAUUAUACGAACAUCAACGUUAUUGUGAUCUUUAUUUACAGUGCAAUGAACAAGGUGUUGGUGUGACAAUGGAAUGCAGUCGUAAGAAUGAUUAUCUACUAUCAUACCUCUCAUUUCAUGAUAGUUGGUUUCUUUUUCUAGCCGGUCUUGUUUUCAAUGAGAAAAAAAAGGAGUGUGAUUAUCAAUCGGACGCGAAUGGUGAUCAUGGUACUCAAUGUGUAACACCAAGAAGUUUUUUAAGAGCUAAACCAAAAGCUGAACAGGGUACAGUGUUGUUUGAAGGUGCUGAUGCUACUGGACAAUUUCCCACACGAUUUGAUUGUUCAAAUAAAGAUCAACAAAAUAUGUUUGCUGACUUUGAUUGGUGUAAUAUUUAUCAUGUAUGUAUUGGAAAUCGUGAUAAUAUAUUUUUAUGUCCACCUGGUACAUUAUUCAAUGAUACAAAACAAGGAUGUUUUGAUCGUUUAAAUGGAAAGAAUUGUAACGGUACAAAUAGUUAUUAUAAACCGUCGAUUAAGCGUCAUAAACGAACACGUAGUAGUACCAUGGAUAUGCCAUCGAUGGAUGAAGGUAAUGAAAAACAUCCGAUGAUAUCAGAUUUAAAUAUUAAGUCGAAAGAAGAAAUCUAUAGAAUUCCUUCUGAAUGGCGUCCAUUUGGACUUUAUCCUUCACAACGUGAAUUAUCAUCCAACGAAAGAUAUAAAUCGACAAUAGAUAAUUCCAAUAAGCAAGAUUUAAUGGAAAUUAAUCGUAAAAAUGAAUGGUUAAAACAGUAUCAUCAUAGAAAAAAUAGAAUGAGCGAUGAUGAUAAUAAUCUUUUCUUAACAGAAGAGAAUUAUUCACCACAACACCAGCAGGUAAGCAGAAGCUCGUCUAAUCACAGUGAACAUGACAGAUAG